AGCGGCCAUUUCACAUACUUGAAAAUUGCCAUCCUGUACAUGUCAUCUAAACAGCACAACCAAUACAUGCAAAAAUUGUAGUACCUAAGACUGCAUCCGUGGCAUAGAAAAUGGGACAUUUUGACCACCAUAGAAGAAUAAAAAAAUCAUUUUUUGUAACAUCUAUUGAAUUUUUGAAUAAGGUAUUACAAUUGUACAAGGAAAAUUGGUUUAAAUAGUUCAGGUAAAAUUCGUAUAAAGCUUUAACCCGAAAAAUAAAAGCCAAUUUUUUUAUUAAUCACAGCUGUCAGAAUACGUUUGAAAUAGUUUUGGGUAGUUAAGGUUUUCAAAAUGGGUAGAGGAAAGGUUAUUAGUGAGAAAAUUCGGUUACUGAUAAUUAAUUUUUUUAAUUCUGGGAAAUCAAACUCAGAAAUUGCAACUUUGUUAGACUUAUCGCGGUACAGUGUGAGAAAUAUUGUUAUAAGAUAUAACGUAACUGGUUCAGUUAAUAUAUACAGGCGUGCCAAUUAUUUACAAUUAAGCGCUCUGUGCAGUGACGCUGGGAUUUAGCACUUGCAAGGUAAGUUUUCUUAUAAAAAAAUGUGAAGUAAAAAUCCUACAUAGACAAUGGACACCUCAACAAUGGUGUGCAAUACAAUGGAGUGAUGAGGCCCGAUUUGAAGUUUGUGUUGGUGACAGUCGCAGUAGAGUUAUUCGCAAAAAAAUGAAGCAUUCCAUGUUGACUGUCUGAAGAGAAAAGUGAAAUUUCCAGCAUCCAUUAUGGUCUGGAGCAGUAUGUCAUCAAAAGGAGUAGGAAAACUUCAUUUUAUUGAUGGAAAUGUGGAUACAAACAACUAUUUGGCAAUUUUAGAAGAAUCGCUUUUACCAGUGAUGGAAGAAUGUUUGACAUACGGCCAAGAUUUUGUGUUUCAGCAAGAUGGUGCAGCGUGCCAUACCUCAAAAAAGGCUAUAAAAUGGAUGGAAGAAAAUAAUAUACCACUUUUGUAAUGGGUUUCUAGCAGUCCAGAUCUGUCACCUAUUGAAACUUUGUGGCACGAGAUGAAAAAUGUUCUACGACAACAUCCUGCUCGUACAAUCACCGAACUGAGACAGAAACUUCAAGAAAUAUGGGAUUGUUUUACAUCAAAUUUUUGCCAAAACUUGGUUAACACUAUGCCCCAAAGAAUUUCAGCCGUAAUAAAAAAUAAAGGUGAUGUUACCCAAUGGUAAUCUUUCAAUUGUUGCUUCGUUAACUUCGCGCAUUUAUUCGCACAUUGUUUAUUUGUUCAGAUGUUCUAUUAGUUAUAGGUCUAAGUGAUUUCAAAUAUGUAUUUUUUACGACUAGAGUGUACCUAAAAUGUUUUUGAGAAAAUAAAUUGUUUUAGAAGUUUCGUCAUGUUUAGUUUAUAAAGACAUAUUUUGGUACAAAUCUUGAAGUGGGCCAAUUGAAGUGGGAAGGGGCUCGUAUAUAAUGUAAAAAAUGGAUAAAAUAUCAACUUGCUGACUAAACAGCUGCUAAAGUGAAAUAGUUCAUUUCGCGCCUGCCAGAACUGAGCAUGAAGUGAUCGACAUCUGUCACUUUUCAAGUUAUUAUAUCAAUGCCGGUAUCAAAAAUGGGAGUUUCAUUUAAGAAAACUGUCUUGUCCUUCAAAUUACCUUGAAGGACAUAGUCAAGGUCACGUUCAAGAUCACCCGUGGAUGAAUCUUUGCAAACCAUACAACUUUGUUCUAGAACAUUUUUCUCUAGGAAGCUUAUUUUUCAAGUUAUUUUAAUCAAUCCAUACUUUUUGAAUACUCUGUAUGUUUUCGCGGAUAAUACCAUAUCUAAACCUUCCUCGAAAAUUUUAUGUAGGGUAAUAAGAGGGUAUUUCCAUCUCACUAUGACGUUAUUUGAAGAAUAUUCAGGGGCAAACAUAAUAUUGGCCAUCAGAAAUGCCGAAAAGGGUACGAAGGCAGUAGAAGAAAUAAAAAACUUCUAUCAAAAGGCUAAAGUAACGGUGAAAAUCCUCGAUAUGUCAGAGUUUUCAAGCAUUCGUGCAUUUGCCCAGCAAAUUAUCGAUGAGUACGAGAAGAUCGAUAUUUUGAUAAACAAUGCUGGGAUCAUAUUCCAUCCGUACAAGAGGACAUCUGAGGGAAAUGAGCUCACUUUCGUUACCAACUAUUUAGGUCCAUUCCUUUUGACCCAUUUGCUGCUACCAGCGUUAAACAAAUCAGAAAACGGCAGAGUGAUCAACGUCUCAGCAAUGGCGCACUUCAACGCAAAACUGAACCUGGACAACUUGAACAACGAGAAGAAUUUCAACGAGAAAGAUGCUUAUGCCGAAAGCAAAUUGGCAUUGACGAUGUUCACUAAGCAUAUGGCAGAGCAGUACAAAGAGACGAAAAUCACGUUCAAUUCCGUAAGCCCAGGUUUGGUACGAGACACUAAACAUACAGAAAAAUAUUCAACCCUCAGCAAGUCGUUUCUUACGAGACUUUCUGUGUGGCCGUGGAUGUGGCUCUUUUUGAAGUCACCCAGACAGGGUUGCCAGACUAUCGUCUAUCUUGCGGUGGAACCAACGUUGCAUAAAGUUUCAGGAUACUACUUCAGUGAUUGUGAAAUAAAAGAUCCAAGCGAUGUGGUGAACGACGAAAAUUUGGCGAAGGCUCUAUACGAAAAAUCCUGCAAGAUCGUUGACAUCGAUCCUAAAAAAGUCGAUCUUUAAGUAUUGGAACUGAAGCAAAGUGAUAAAUAAAAAAAUAUUACCAUACAAACA